AUGCUCUUUCCUUUUCCAAACUCGGUCUCGUCCCUCUCCCCUUCGACAUGCUUCCCUCUUUUUCGACUCUUGCUCCUGCCCCGUCGCCGCCGUAGUCGUCCUCCUCGUCAUCGUUGUCGUCGUCGUUGUUGCCUCUUCGCACUCUUGCCCCAUCCCGCUGGCUGGUCGGCUGUUCGGCUGUUCGGCUGGUCGGCUGGUUGGUUCGGUGUUGCUUGUGUCUUGGCGGCCCUAUUUGGCUGGGCUCAUGAAGUCGCCGGCUGGGAAUCGAGUCUGCCUCUCUUUUUCGCGCGCAUACACCCACUCACGCACACACAGACACACACACUCACACUCACACAAAUGUGUGUGUGCGCAGAAGGCUGA